GUCUCCGGGUAAUCUCGGCGCGCGGCCGUGCCCCUGGGCCGCCCGGGAGAGCUUCCGAAAGCAGAAAUCCAGGCAAAAGUUGAAGCGCUGCGGAGCCCUGGCGUUUUCUUUCCCUGGCUGGCUGUGUGAGUGAGAAACUCGCUGUAGGGGUUCCUUGCCGCUUGCAUCACUGAUGGUAAUUACACCUACUGUAAUUAAACACGCUCAGAAUAUCCGGAGGACGAAACUUCGAAAUCAGGCAAACGGCCAGUGCUGGUUCUUCAGAAUGAAGCGCUUUACCCACAGCGGCGCCCCUACACGAGUGAGGACGAAGCCUGGAAGUCCUUCCUGGAGAACCCCCUCACCGCGGCGACCAAGGCCAUGAUGAGCAUCAACGGGGACGAGGACAGCGCGGCCGCGCUGGGCCUGCUCUACGACUACUACAAGGUUCCCAGAGAGAGGAGGUCAUCGGUGGCAAAGGUCGAGGUUGAGCACCCGGAGGCGGACCACAGCAAAAGAAACAGCAUGCCCCAUGUGGCCGAGCAGCCCCUCCUUGCCACCGGAGAGAACAGAGUGCAAGUGCUGAAAAACGUGCCGUUCAACAUCGUCCUCCCCCACGGCAACCAGCUGGGCAUCGACAAGAGAGGCCACCUAACAGUCCCUGAUACGACAGUCACCGUCUCCAUAGCAGCGAUGCCUACCCACUCCAUCAAAACAGAAGCGCAGUCCCACGGCUUCGCCGUGGGGAUCCCUCCGGCCGUGUACCAGCCGGAGCCCACCGAGCGCGUGCUGGUGUUCGAUCGGAACCUCGGUGCCGACCACUUCGGCGCUGGUGCUCAGGCCCCGAACGCUCAGCGGCGAACUCCGGACUCCACCUUCUCGGAGACCUUCAAGGACGGCGUGCAGGAGGUUUUCUUCCCCUCGGACCUCAAUCUGCGGAUGCCCGGCAUGAACUCAGAGGACUAUGUUUUUGACAGUGUUUCUGGGAACAACUUCGAGUACACGCUGGAAGCCUCCAAGUCACUGCGGCAGAAGCCGGGAGACAGCACCAUGACGUACCUGAACAAAGGCCAGUUCUACCCGGUCACCCUGAAGGAAGUGAGCAGCAGCGAGGGCGUCCACCACCCCAUCAGCAAAGUGCGGAGCGUGAUCAUGGUGGUGUUCGCGGAAGACAAGAGCAGGGAGGACCAGCUGAGGCACUGGAAGUACUGGCACUCCCGGCAGCACACGGCCAAGCAGAGAUGCAUUGACAUCGCCGACUAUAAGGAGAGCUUCAACACCAUCAGCAACAUCGAGGAGAUUGCUUACAAUGCCAUCUCUUUCACUUGGGACAUUAACGAUGAAGCCAAGGUGUUCAUCUCCGUGAACUGCCUGAGCACAGACUUCUCCUCGCAGAAGGGCGUGAAGGGGCUGCCCCUCAACAUCCAGAUCGACACCUACAGCUACAGCAACCGCAGCAACAAGCCCGCGCACCGCGCCUACUGCCAGAUCAAGGUCUUCUGCGACAAGGGAGCCGAACGGAAAAUCAGGGAUGAAGAACGCAAGCAGAGCAAGAGAAAAGGCAAGUGCACUGACCCCAGCUCCCAGUUGACCGCCUUCGCUGACGCCAAAGUGCCGCUGCUGCCCUCUCACAAGCGGGUGGACAUCACACUCUUCAAGCCCUCCAUGGACCUCGACACCCAGCCCGUGCUCUUCAUCCCCGACGUGCACUUCGCCAACCUCCAGCGGGGCCCGCACGUCCUUCCCAUUGCCCCAGAAGAUCUGGAGGGUGAAGGGUCGACCUUGAAAAGGGGACCCUUCGUAUCCGAAGAUGACUUUGUGAUCCCCGCCCCUGCCAAGCUGGCCCGGAUGGAAGAACCGAAGAGAGUGCUGCUCUACGUGCGCAAGGAGUCGGAGGAGGUCUUCGAUGCCCUGAUGCUCAGGAGCCCGUCCCUGAAGGGCCUGGUGGAGGCGAUCUCCGACAAAUACGGCAUUCCCCACGACAAGAUCGGGAAGAUAUUCAAGAAGUGUAAGAAAGGGAUCCUGGUCAACAUGGACGACAACAUCGUGAAGCACUACUCCAACGAGGACACCUUCCAGCUGCAGAUGGAGGAGGUGGGGGGCUCCUACAGGCUCACCCUCACGGAGAUCUGAGGCCGGCCCGGCCCCCGGGUGCCCACGAGUUCAGCAAAGGUGUCACAUAGGUCCCGUUGUCAGCGAAGCCGUCCGGUCCCCGGUUAGCCGCCUUCCAAACACGCGGGCACCGGUGGGAGGGCCCCCUCUCCCACUGGGAGCCACGCCGGGUGCAGAGACGGCGGUUUGCCGAUGACGCACCCCCACGGACUGUUACUACAUUUUUCUGAUACAGAUACUUAGGGUUAAAGUGAAAACCUCAUUCCGACACUUAACAGACUCUCUGGGAACCUGUAGGAUGCCUGCUGUUAUUUAUAAGAGUAUUUUUAUCACAGGUUACAUGCAAUAUUAUCUUGGACUGGGUUCAGGUGACUAGUGCAGUGGUCAGGCUGAGAACACGGGGCGCGCCCACGUGCCUCGGCAAGGGCGGUGGGCGUGGCUUUCAGGGGCUUCGCGCGCUGGCCUGAGCUCAGCCUGACCGCCUGCCUCCGGCUAGCGGGAGCGGCGUCCCAGGAACACAGGGUCCACCCUUCCUCCCUUAGCCUCCGUCACCCCCCAGGUGUUUACUCAAAGACAGCGUGUCACUGAGUCUUCUCUCGCUGCUGUCUUAACUCAGCGACUACCUUCUGAAGAACUCCAGUGGGCGCCCGCAUGAGUCAGUGACGCGGGCGCUCCAGGGUCCACGAGUGCAAUACAUUCUCGAAGGCCGGUGUCUGUAAAUGUGUACAUACACACCCGAUAAAUAGCUAAUAUAUAAACACAGCGUCCGUGCCCACGCGGUGGGAACCGCCUUGGGGACGUUGCCCGGGUGAAAGGUCGUUUUUGGCAGCGGGCCCCGAGGCAGACCGGAACCCAAAACCCGCCAGAUCUCCCCUCUGCGGCUGCCCAGACGCGGCUGCCCUUCCGCAGCCCGACCGGGCCUUCCUUCCCCGGCGACAGGUUCUGUUUGCCUCUGACAGUGUCGGUUCUGGGUCUCUGCACUGUGCAACAAAUGAAGUAAAGGGAAGCGCUGCUGCGACUCCCGUGCACCGUGUGUGCCAUGCGCGUGGUCACACGGGUCCGUGGGCGAGUCGCGCCCGACGCAGCGAGCGGACGGCCGCCGCACAGCAGGGGCGGGGCCUGCCCGCCUUGCUUCGGAGCCCCCGCCCCUUAGCCAUCGGGUGCGCGGCACCUGCAGGACACACGCGUGGGUUCCUGAGCCUGGGCCACCGUGGCAGGGAGCCUUCCGUGCACACGCUCCCACACGGGAACUGCUGGAAAGCGCCGUCUUCUGACAUGAAUCACGGGUAUCUUCAGGUUCAGGGAGCUCGUUCACGAGGGCAGGGUGGGUAGCUCUACAUUCUCAUGUUAACGCAUCCUGUGAAGUGUGUGAACUGAAUCGCUGGGUUUCUAAGGUAAGAGAUGGGACACGGGUCGUAUAACAACAUUUUCUAUUUUGUUUUAUGAAGUUGAUUUUGUUAUUGUUUUUCAUGGCACCCUUGAAGAUGUAUUCUAAGCCAAAGGGAUUAAAUUUUAUAUGUCUAUUUCA